GGUGAGAAGAACGACGAAAGAGAAAAAGACUGUUUCAGUCACUGACAAAGGAGCUCGGAAACCAAAUUCAUCAUUCACUGCUUGAUUGCUUCUUUUUACCCAAAGGUUUUUGGAAGCUAGAGUCUUGUGGAAGAGUAUAAAAAUCCAACCUUUAUUUACUACUCUUAAGAGAGAGCAGUCUCACACCAUGUCGGCUCUUGUGGCGUUAUGCAGAGCUCGAGCUGCUUCGUCGUCUUCUUUAUUCAACAGCAUUGUUCGUCCAGCAUUUCGCUCUUUCUCCACAGGUUUUGCUGAUGCGCAGAACAAAUCAUUGGUGGCGCAAAUGAAAGAAGAGAUGCUCCACAUGGACAUUAACUCAAUGGUAGGAAGUUCCAUGCCUCUAGGUAUGAUGCGUAUCGGAACAAUCAUCCACAACAUCGAGAUGAACCCAGGGCAAGGCGCGAAGAUGGUCCGAGCUGCAGGAACCAACGCCAAGAUCCUAAAGGAGCCCGCUUCAGGGAAAUGCUUGAUAAAGCUUCCAUCAGGGGACACCAAGUGGAUCAACGCCAGAUGCCGUGCUACGAUUGGCACAGUGUCGAACCCCUCCCACGGAACUAAGAAGCUGAGGAAAGCAGGACAGAGUAGGUGGUUGGGGAUAAGGCCCAAAGUCAGAGGAGUGGCGAUGAAUCCGUGUGAUCAUCCACACGGUGGAGGUGAAGGAAAAAGCAAAAGUAGUGGAAGCCGAGGAAGGACAUCAGUAAGUCCGUGGGGGAAACCGUGCAAAGGCGGGUACAAAUCCGCUAGUGUCAAGAAGAAGAAGAAGCGUUUGGCAGAUGCAGCAGCAAAAAUGUGAUAUGGAUUGAAAAAAACAAGUUACGAUCUCUUCUUCAAGUUCUUCUUCCUUUAAAACCUCUAAGGGUUAUGUAACGUUAUUGAGAGUUGUUGUUAAAAGCUUCUGUGAAAUUGGAGCAACUGAUUUCAUCAACUAAUAAUAGAUAUGAUUAACAUUUUAAUCA